AUGAAACCUGACAAUAGCACGACCGCGUUGUGGUUGAACAUCACCUAUAUAACCAUGGAGGCUGUCAUCGGGCUCUGUGCCGUAGUAGGCAACAUGCUGGUCAUCUGGGUGGUCAAACUGAACCCCAGUCUGAGGACCACCACCUUCUAUUUCAUCGUCUCCUUAGCCCUGGCCGACAUUGCUGUCGGGGUGCUGGUCAUCCCUUUGGCCAUCGCUGUCAGCCUAGAAGUGAAGAUGCACUUCUACACCUGCCUCUUCAUGUCGUGUGUGCUUCUGAUCUUCACCCACGCCUCCAUCAUGUCCUUGCUGGCCAUCGCCGUAGACCGAUACCUGAGGGUCAAGCUGACGGUCAGAUAUAAGACGGUCACCACUCAAAGAAGAAUAUGGCUAUCCCUGGGCCUUUGUUGGCUGGUAUCCUUCUUGGUGGGACUGACCCCUAUGUUUGGCUGGAAUAAAAAAGUGACCUCAGGGCUCCCUCAGAAUGCUACCACCCUUUUGUGCCAUUUCCGUUCGGUUGUAUGCCUGGAUUACAUGGUCUUCUUCAGUUUCAUCACCUGGAUCCUCAUCCCCCUCGUCAUCAUGUGCGUCAUCUACCUGGACAUCUUCUACAUCAUCCGCAACAAACUCAGUCAAAACCUGUCUGGCUUCAGAGAGACACGUGCGUUUUAUGGGCGGGAGUUCAAGACUGCCAAGUCCCUGUUCCUGGUUCUCUUCUUGUUUGCUUCGUGCUGGUUGCCUUUGUCCAUCAUCAACUUUGUUUCCUACUUUAAAGUUGAGAUACCAGAGGUUGCCAUGUGCCUGGGCAUCCUGUUGUCCCAUGCAAACUCCAUGAUGAACCCUAUUGUCUAUGCCUGCAAAAUAAAGAAGUUCAAGGAAACCUACUCUCUGAUCCUCAGAGCUUGUAGAGUCUGUCAGAUCUCAGAUUCCUUGGACUCAAAUAUUGAACAGACUACUGAGUAGUUGCCAUGACAAAGAGCCAGCUCAUCAGCCUUCAUGGUUAGCAUCAGUGAACACUAUGGGCCUCUUCAGACAUCCUUGCUUCCCUCCACUGCAGCAGGAUCGUCUGGCUGGUUGCCAUACAGCUCCACUCCUCCCUCCCUCUUCUGCCUCAGUUAUUUCCUUGAGCUUCUUGAAUUCAAUUCUGUGGAAGCCUGACAUGACUGCAAUGAAUUACUGAUUAUCAGGGACUGUGUUUUUCCUUCCCAGACGCAAGAGGUGAUGAAAUCUUGAGGGGGGGGGGGUCUCGUCUUGCCAAGGAAAGUCUUUAUCUGGGCUGAAUGUACAGAACCUGCUUUGAAAGAUUUCUAAGAUAUUGGAAACAGGAGUGAGCUGAAUUUAAAGAAGGGCUUAAGCUGCUAAAUUCACCUGUGGGUGUAUUUGAGCAA